GAUCGACAACUCUACUUGACAACACCAAAUGUCGGCCGUACUAAUGAUUGUCGACAACGUCGUCGCAUCGAUUUUGUACUUGUCUAUAGUCUUGGAGUUCGUGAUUCAAUAAUAAAUAAACAACGUCGACAAGCAUUUCAACAUAAUCUUGAAUCAGUUGGUUUUAAAAUUGAAGAACAAGAUAUUGUUGGUGGAUUGGAAUCAAGACAUGAUGAUGUUAAUCAUGAGAAUAAUGAAAUAAUUGCUAAUGGUUUAUUUAAUCGUCAUCGUCGUCAAUCUAAACAACCACAACAACAAUCUGUUAAACGUUUUGUUCGUCUUCAUGCACCAUUUGAACUUCUACUUGAAUUAGCCGAAAAAACACGAAUGAAAUUACCAAUUGAAGAAAAUCGUACACCAUCUGUUCCAAAAAGACCAUUUGAUUAUCUAAUGUCAUGGUUACCAUUUACACAGAUUGAUCGUACUAUGUUUCCACCUGAACAAUAUUAUUUUCUUGCUGAAUAUGAUAAAACAUUAAGAUAUCGAUUUGAACCAUUAUUUGAUACAUUACGUGGUAAUUCACGUGAUUUAUAUUUUACACCAGCUCAACGAAGUCGUCUUGUUUAUGAUUGUUUAUUACGUACACCAUUUGAUAUAGCAACAGACAUUGAAGAACGACAAAGUUUACGUGGUACAGGUGACGCAAGAGAAAGACGUGUCUUGGAAUUAGAAAAAAUUUUUACUGCAUUUUCAACAAGUUCAGGUAUUGAACUUCUUCUUCGUGAUCAAGUUUAUGAUGAUUGUUAUCCAUUACAUGCACCAUUAUUAAAAAAUAUUGAACCACAUAUGAUUUCAUCGUGGAUAAUGACAAAAGGUGAACAUCGAAAUACAUUUGAUAGAAUGAAAUUAUGGUGGCAUUGGAGUCGUAUAAGUAAUGUUUUUAAAGAUCAACCAAUUAAUCAUAUAAAAGAUUAUUUUGGUGAACAUGUUGCAUUAUAUUUUUGUUGGUUACGAUGGUACAUUCAAAUGUUAAUACUUCCUUGUAUUCUUGGUCUUUCAGUUUUUUUCUAUGGUCUUUGGGCAGUAAAACAUGAUGUACCAACUAAUGACAUUUGUUAUAAUUUGGCACAUACAAUUAUGUGUCCAAGAUCACAUCGACAAUUAUGGACAUUAGGUGAAGAUUGUCUUUAUGCUAAAAUGGCAUUUUUAUUUGAUAAUAAGGCAACUGUUGGUUAUGCUGCUAUAGUAACAGUAUGGUCAACUUUAUUUCUUUCAGCUUGGGAUGUUGCUGAAUAUCAAUUUCAAUAUGAAUGGGAUACAUUUGAUUUAAUAGAUGGUGGAAAUGGAGGAAGUGAUUUAGAUGAACCACGACCAGAUUUUAAACGUAAAGUACGAACAACACGUGUUAAUCCAAUAACUGGUGUUGUAGAACAAUAUAUGCCAGCUAGAGAACGAUGUGCAAAAAGUGUAUCGUCAUUUUCUAUUGUUGCUAUGAUGAUCUGUCUUGUUCUAAGUUUUGUCUUUGGUGUUGUACUUUAUCGAAUAAGUUUAAAAGCAGCAAUAAGUUCAACUCGUACACCAGAACUUGUUCGUCGAUAUUCUCCACAUGUUGCUUCAAUAACUGGUGCAUGUAUUAAUCUUGUUGUUAUUAUUGCAUUAAGUUCACUUUAUGAACGUUUAGCUAUAUGGUUAACAGAUUAUGAAAUUCAUCGAACAGAAAAAGAUUAUGAAAAUGCAUUAACAUUAAAAAUGUUUUUAUUUCAAUUUGUUAAUUUUUAUGCAAGUAUUUUUUAUAUUGCAUUUAUUAAACCAUGGUUUGCUAAUCCACCUGGUGUAGAAAGUUAUAAAAUUGGAAAAUAUAAAACUGAAGAAUGUGAAGCUAGUGGUUGUCUUGCUGAAUUAUCUAUUCAAUUAUUAGUUAUACUUGUCGGCAAACAAGUAAUUAAUAAUUUAUUUGAAGUUGGCAUGGUAAAAUUUUGGACAUUUUUUCGUAAAAUACUUGUUCAUAGAAAUGCAUUUAAACAAAUGAGAUAUCGUCGUCAUCAUACACUUCAUUGGUAUAGUAAAAGACCACAAGAAGAGGAUUUUAUGUUAGAAAGAUGGACAACAACAACACUUUUUUAUGAAUAUCUUGAAUUAAUUAUUCAAUAUGGAUUUGUUACUAUGUUUCUUGUUGCUUUUCCACUUGCUCCACUUUGCGCUUUUCUUAAUAACAUUGUGGAAAUACGAAUUGAUGCCAAUAAAUUUGUAUGUGACGUACGUCGACCAGUUGCUAAAAAAGUUGCUGAUAUUGGUAUUUGGCGUUUAAUCAUAGCUGCUAUAUCAAAAUUAGCAAUUCUAACAAAUGGUUUACUAAUUGCAUUAACAUCUGAUUUUGUACCUCGUCUUGUUUAUCAAUAUUCUCGAAGUUCAAAUCGAACAUUAGUUAAUUAUGUAAAUUUUACAUUAUCAGCUUAUGAAAUCAAUCAUCUUGCAUCAUCAUCAUUAAACAAAUUUAAUACAACUAGUAUUUAUUGUUUUUAUAAAGAUCAUCGUACACCACCAUGGGAUUCUAAACCAUAUCAAACAAAUCAUGAUUAUUAUGUUAUUAUGGUUGCUCGUCUUGCUUUUCUUAUUGUAUUUGAGCAUGUUGUUUUUGUCUGUUUAAAAUUGGGUGAAGUGUUAAUGCCAUUAUUAUCACAAAAUGCUAAACAACAAAUAGCAAGAAAAAAUUUUAUGGUACAAACUAUGCAUUGGGGAGCACAUUUAUAUGAAAAAAAUCCUGAGUUAAUUGAACGUGAUAUGCAACGUAUUGUUGAUUGUAAUGCUCAACAUCGAUAUUCCCAUGGUGGUUAUGAACUUAUUUAUGAUAUUAAAAGAACAACUCGACAACAACAGCCGACAACUAGAAAUAUAUCACAAGAUGAAUAUCGACGACCAGGAUCAUUGAAGGAAAUGAAAGCAGAUUUAACACGUGCUUUACAAACGAUUUUAUCGGAGGAUAUUAUUGAUUUAGGUAUUUGA